AUGAUGUACUUCUCAAGGAGUGCAAUUUCCGGGCAUAAAUUUCCUCGAGAGGUGUCUGCGAAAUUUGAGAUUCUGGAUAAUUUUUCGGUCAUCUCAGCAGGAUCGUUCGAUGGCGAAGAAGGAUCAAUACACGUGUGUCGCCAAAAUUCAGAAGUAUUUGUUUAUCGUCCGGACAAGCGGAACUUUAUAACUAUAAGUAUGCCGUCAAGUUCAUGUGCG